CGAUUAUAUUUUCCUUAUAUUAUUCACUUGUUUCAUACAAACGUUUUCCUGUGGACUACUAAUCGUAUUUCAAUCGUUUUAAGAUUAUUAACUUAAAGAAAUAGGGUGAAAUAUUUUUGGUGAAAUGACUAUCGAAAAUGAUGUAGAUUUUACUGGUAAUGAGAAGAAAACAGCUAAUUGUUGCAUUGUACCUGACAGUCAAAAAAAUUGUUCGGAUUUGGCAAACCAACCACAGAUGCUACAUCGGUAUCCCCUAACUCCAUGUAUGGGGCUACUACAUUUAAAGUAUAGAAAAGUCAACAAUUGUAAUUUGUCCUGCGAAAAUGAUCUCGAUGUUAGCGCACACAAAAUUCGUCCUACUUGUGUUGAUAAGACUCCGGUUGUUAAUGAUUACAGUGCAAAAGAAUUGUUGAAACGAUACCCAAUUUUACCAUAUGAAAGUCUGUUAGAAAAAGAGAAGAAUAAAUGUCAAGAUGUAUUUAAACCCAGAAGACAAAGUUUAUUGAAUCGAAUGGUGCCAACAGUGAGACAACCAAUAAAAGCUAGACAUUCAUUAAACAAUGCAAAGAACAAUAAUAUAUGUGAAUCUGGAGAUUUUGUUAAGAUCACAGGAGAGAAAAAUCAACCAAUUGUUAUUCGAAAUAAUUCAUGUCAUGAAGAAGCAAAAAUCUGGAAUCAGGCUAAAAAUCGUUUGUUAGAAUCUAAAAUUGCACAGAAUAUUCCGGUUACAUCUACAGAAUAUCAAUAUUCUACAUGUAAAAGAACUAAAAUUUGUACCGUUCCUGGUAUGAAAAGACGAUCCAGUAUCGAGGAUGCAGCAUUAUCUAGAUCGAAUGAACAGUAUUUAAAAUAUGAUAGACCUUUACAAACUACGGUAAAACGAUCAUGUACUGAUGAAUUCUGUAAAGUACAAAGAACUAACUAUGAAAACAGAUAUAUCUAUCAGUCAGAUGCAGUGAAAAAUACGACUGCAUGUAUGUGUGGAAUUCAGUCGAGUGGUUCACUUCUCAUCACCACCUCCUCAACACCAUCAUCACCAUCUAUAUCAACUUCCUCAGUUCCUUCAGCCAAACGACAAAGUCUUCCUUUGAAAAGUAGGAGAUGGAAUAAAGUAGCGUCAAAGCAAUUCUCUCGUCGUUUUAGUACUGGAAGUGUGAGUUCUGUACAAUCUUCGACUGAAUAUCUAAACAGUGAGAACGAUAGUGUGCAUGCGCAAAAUCCACUUUCGAAAACAGCGCUUCAACAGAGUUCUAGUAUAUUUCGAGGAAUCAGGAAGUCUGCACAACAAACGAUCAGUAAUAUUUGCAAAGUAAUGAAAUAUUCUAAUCCCAAUAUAUCACUUACUUCAAACAGUUCAUAUCACAAUCUUGAUCACUCAAAUCAAUCAUUCAUCUCAAAGUCGAACUCAUUCAAGCUAUACACCGAACACUUGUCACAUUCUGAUUCACUACGAAAUACUUCAUCCACAACAGAAUACUCAUAUGAAUUAAAUAAAAUCUCAGUUGACAAGAAUGGUCAAAUGAUAGUUUCGGAUGACAGUUGUCAAUGUGCACCAACUGUUCGAUAUGUCAUACUGUCACGACGUGAAUUUGAUGAGUCAUUUGGUUUAUUUGUAAUCAAAUCAGAACAAGGUUAUCGUAUUACACGUUUAUCAGAAAAAUUAAAAGAAAAUAAUCAAAUACAUAUUGGUGAUGAAAUUAUUCAAAUUAAUGGAAUUCAUUGUAAACAAUUAGAUAUUUAUAAUUUACAAAAAUUAUUUUAUAAUAAUCAAUCAAUUAUUUUAACUUUUAUUGAUUCAUCGAAUGAUUCAAUUAUAUGAUAUAUCAUAUUGAUUUUCAAUAUUGAUAUGAUCGAUAUUGUAUAUUAUCUUAUUUUCCUCCCUUCUUUGAAUAUAAUGAAAUGUAGUAUGUAUAAUAAGUAAGAAAAUGUACUUCCUCUCUAUACAGAGGAUAAAAACUAUAUUUUAAUAAUGUGACAUCAUCAAAUAUCUUAAUUGUAUAGAUUUUUUUAAUUUUUGAUUAUCAACUUUGUAUUGAUUUAUUGAUUUAUCUAUCUAUCUAUCUAUCGAUUUUUCUGUUUGAUUUGAUUUAUUUUUUUUAAAUAAUUUUUUGAAUUGUAUAUAUAAAUAAAAAUAGAUCUAUU